AUGCCUUCAAGCAGGCAAUACCGCGUCAUAGCAAUGGUCGCAGUCCUCACCCUGCUGGUCCUCUACUACGUAACGAACGGCGAACGCCUCACGCACGACAACGAAUUCUACAAAAAGACCGUCGCGGCGAUCGAGCACAAGAAAGACGCCGCGGCGCGACAGCAGGUCAUUGAAGACGAGCAAGCGCGGUUGGAGCGGGUCGAGCGCUUGCAGAAAGAGCACGACGCUGCGAUGGCGACGGCGACGGCGAGCACCGAGGCGGCGACGGAGGAUGCACAGCACGACGUGGGGCCGAAACCGCAGAAACAGAAGCCUAUCGUAGAGGAUGCGAAUAAAGAGUCGUCUGGGGAGAAGAGCGUGGCGGGGAGGAAGAAGAUGAAGGAUGGAAAGGUUGUGGAUGAUAAGCCUGCUUCGGAUAAGGAUGAUGGGGUUGCGAAGGUGGGCAAUGUCGAGCCGAAGACGACAGGCGUUGCGAAGGGGGAAGAGGCGGAGGAUGAUGAGGAGUCGGAACGGGAACAUAAGGUGGAAUUGGAGUUGAACAGUAUUUUGAAGAAGGGGCCCAUAAUCAUCUUCUCGAAGACGUACUGUCCCUUCAGCAAAAAGGCGAAGCACAUCCUCCUCAACCUCUACACAAUCUCCCCACCCCCCUACGUCGUCGAACUCGACGAACACCCCCUAGGCCCAGGCCUACAAGACGCCCUGCAAAAAUCCACCGGCCGCCGCACCGUCCCCAACAUCCUCAUCAACGGCAAAUCCAUCGGCGGCGGCGACGACGUCCAAGCCCUGCACCAAGACGAACGCCUCAUCGAGACCGUCAAAGCAAUGGGCGGCAAGCGAGUCAUGGAAGUCGUCCGGAAAGACUCCACCCAACAAAAAGAAAGCGAGAGGGAACGACAAGGCCGCGCCGAGGUGAAAUUCAAGGCUUAG